AUGUCGGGUCCCAUGGCAUUAUCGACAGUAGCUCGGCCUCAGAAGAGACGACGUGCUGCUAUUGCCUGUACGUCUUGCCACGCGAGGAAAGUCAGGUGCAACGUUGUCCUCGUGGGGCAGCCUUGCUCCAACUGCCAACAGGAUCAGGCAUUGUGUCUCCUGCACGUCUCUGCGCGAGGGAAGCACAAGCGUCGAAGGGUCAACCGAGAGGAGGAGGAGGCGUGCCACGGAUCUCCUGUCUUGUCCGGAACGACUGCCGCGGCACAACACCCCUUGGCGACUUCGACCGACGUUCAAGGCUGCGACGAGUCCUUGAGUCUCGAUCCCGACCUCUCGUCACAGGACGAGUACGAAUCGCAGGCCAACGUCGAGGCUUACAGAAAGAUUGUCGAUGGCACGGACACCAAGGGGGCGAGGGUGCCCAUCUAUGUCGGAGAACUACAGUCGCUGCGUUUCAUCUUCCAUGUGGCACGCGAGGACAAGGGGAUCUCGUGCAAGGCUCACUAUCUGGUUCCCGAACCCAAGAGACGGAACCUCUCGCCCGAGGAGAUCGCCUGUCUGGAGGCCAAGGGGGCGUUCUCGACAGAGACGGACGAUCUGAGAGACCAGCUGCUCAGUCUGUUCUUCGACUACGUCUACCCGAUUCUCCCGAUCAUCGACCCUUACGACUUCUACCGCCGCUACGAUACUGGGGGAGCCGCCAACAUCAGUCCGCUGCUCCUGCAGAGUAUGUUCCUGGCGGCAAGCAACUUUGUUUCACGAGAUGCUAUCCAGAAGUCUGGCUGGUCGUCGGUGAUGACCAUGAAGAGACGGUUCUACGAACGAGCAAAGGCACUAUACGACGUCGAGUACGAGACAGACAAGCUCUGCCUGAUCCAGUCGGUCCUCCUCCUGGGAUAUUGGCUAGGUAACUCCCACGACAGGAUGGACAGCUGGCAUUGGGUCGGCGUGGCCACCAGCCUCAGCCAGAGUCUCGGGCUCCAUCGCGACGCCGGCUGCUCGAGGAUCCCUCCAUCCCACCGAUCCUUGUGGCGACGGAUCUGGUGGUGCUGCUUCUACCGCGACCGCUGCAUCGCGUUGGGCAUGGGACGUGCGUACCGCAUCAACACCGCAGACUGCGACGUGAAAGACCUGACGCUCGAGGACUUGGUAUGUAGUGGCAUGCCCUCCCCGGAUUUGAAGGAUACCAGUGCCGCCAUCGUCAGGCGCUGCAACAGCUACGCCCCGAUAUUCCUCGAGAUCAUCAAGGCGAGCCGGCUUCUCGGCGACGUCCUUGCGUCGGUAUAUCGACCGCGGAGAGACGAAGAUUCGCCAGACUCCUCGUCAUGGAACACCGCUCAAUCGAUCGAAGAGAAGCUCGCCGCCUGGCAACUGGGUCUUGACCCGCGGUGUCGAGUCGACAGCCUGGCGUUCAGUGUCGACGAACCACGUGCCAUGAUCCUGCACAAGUACUACAUCCAGAUCUUGCAUCACGUCACAGUCAUAACCCUGUACAAGCCGUUCGUCUUCCAAGACGACAUCCUGCCCACGGACCCGGCGAGCGACAUUCGCGCCCGUCUAGCCUGGGAAGGCUGCCAACUAUCCGCCUCGGCCGCGACAGCCAGUUUCAGAAAACUUACGGAGCUGGACCUGAUUAGAUUCCUACCCCCCGAAAGGCAAGUCCCGGAUAUCCGUGCCCAGUUUGCUCCUUGGGAAUAG